CGGAGCUGGGUGGUACUUGUGAGCGCUGCGCGGGUGGUACCCGUCAGCCCCGCGCUAGCCCCGCGCUCAGGCCGCGCCCUACCGAAGCUCAGGGGCUCGGCCGCGGACUGCGUCCUCCGAGAGCGCAGCAGAGAUCGCGGCGGUGCCCGGGGAGAUGCCUGGGAAGAGCUAGAAGUUGACUGUGCUGUCCAGCUCAGGAGAAUCGGAGACCAACUGAACACCCUGGCUUGUGCCACGGAAGUCCUGGAGGUUCUUGCAGAGAUGCCUGGGCGGAAGGCGCGGAAGAGCGCGCAGCAGGCUCCGACGCGGGCGCCCGCAGAGCUGGAAGUUGAGUGUGCUGCUCAGUUCAGGAAAAUUGGAGAUAAACUGAAUUUCCGGCAGAAAUUUAUGAAUUUGAUUUCCAAACUCUUC